CUUCUGCGUUUCGUAGGGGUGUGUGAGGUUAGGUCAGAUAACAGUUCUCGUAGUUAUGAGUUAUGAAAAGUGAUCGAUAGCGAGUCGCCGACGGGAGGAUCAAUACUGUUGAUCUCACUGAGGAAAAAGUCAAACCCGGCGCGGUUAGGACUGGCGUUAACUUUUGCGUGAGUGACGGAAUGAAGUUAAAAGUGACAUACGCAGUGCUGAGCCCGUGUUUUAAUAGCCGACAAGCCGGACAGUGACUGUUUAUGUCUGGUAAUUUAGCCGAAAGGUUCCGGUUUCUGUUCAGGGAGUGUGGACGAGGUGGGCGCGACGUUCCCCGCUUUCGAAAGAAGUGGACUCAUCCGCGCCGCCCAGAGCCAAUCAGGCUUCGCCACUGCCUCCCGCGUGCCGAAGCCCUUAAAGAAACAGGCCGAGUGAGACUCGGAGGUCUGACAGACUUGCUUUCCUUUUUGUUUGUUUUAUACGAAAUAGGCACACAGAGCUUAUCAGACCUGGCUUGUUUAGUCGGAUUAGCUUCCUGGCCAGCUAUCCAGCGGUCAUGACUGCAGAUUGGAGGAGUUUGUGUUGAGAAAGAGCGCCUUUCGCCGCUAUGGGGACGCAGAGGAACGGCUUCACUAAGAGGGAGAGCUGCGUGCUCUCAGUGGAUGUGGGCACAACGUCCAUCAGGUGUCAUGUGUAUGAUAAGAAAGCCAAUAUCAGAGGAUCCUGCACCAAAAAGCUGUCCCUGCUGUACCCCGAGCCGGGCCGGGUGGAGAUGGAUCCUGAGGAGCUGUGGCAGGGAUUUGUUACGGUGGUGAAAGGAGCUGUACAAGAUUCAGGCUUACAGAUGUGCCAGAUGGAAGCUCUCGGGAUCUCCACUCAGAGAGCCACUUUCACCACCUGGGACAGGCACACGGGAAAGACGUUUCAUAACUUCAUCAGCUGGCAGGACCUGAGGGCGGCUGAGAUGGUCAGAUCCUGGAACAGUUCCUGCACCAUGAAGGCUGUUCAUGGAGUGAUGAAGAUGCUGCACUUCCUGACCCGUCAGAAGCGCUUUUUGGCCGCCAGCCUGGUCGUGUUCACCCCUCAGCACGUCUCGCUGCGGCUGGCCUGGGCGCUACGCAACAUCCCUCAGCUUCGGCAGGCUGUCGAUGAAGAAACCUGUCUUUUUGGGACCAUAGACACUUGGCUGCUUUAUAAACUCACAAAAGGUUCUGUUCAUGCUACAGAUUACUCUAACGCCAGCUCGACGGCAAUAUUUGAUUCAUAUCAGAUGUGCUGGAGUGGGUUUCUGUGUUCUCUCCUUUCUCUACCUCUCUCUAUCCUCCCCAGAGUGCACAACACCAGCCACAAUUUCGGCUCGUCUGAUCCCUCCAUCUUUGGGGUUCCUAUUCCAAUCAUGUCACUUAUGGCCGAUCAGCAGGCGGCGAUGUUCGGGGAGUGCUGCUUUGACACAGGCGACGUUAAAAUCACCAUGGGAACGGGCACCUUCAUGGACAUCAACACAGGAAACAAACCGCACACCUCAGUGGCCGGUUUGUAUCCUCUGGUUGGGUGGAAGAUCGGUUCCGAGGUUGUAUAUCUUGCUGAGGGAAAUGCUGCUGGAACAGGAACCGCAAUUAAAUGGGCUCAGGAGAUCGAGCUGUUCUCAGACGUGAAGGAGACGGAGUCCAUGGCCAACAGUGUGAAGGACUCUGACGGCGUGUGCUUCGUGCCCUCGUUCAGUGGCCUGCAGGCUCCACUAAACGAUCCCAAAGCAUGCGCUGCUUUCAUGGGCCUGAAACCCUCCACCACCAAGAGCCACCUGGUCAGAGCGAUUCUGGAGUCCAUCGCGUUCAGGAAUAAGCAACUGUUUGAUGUGAUGCUUCGAGAAACUCGCAUUCCCAUCAUGAAAAUAAGGGCAGACGGCGGCGUCUGUACGAAUGAUUUCAUCAUGCAGUUGACCACAGACCUGCUGGGACGAAAGAUCUCGCGGCCCGCUCAUUUCGACAUGUCCUGUCUGGGGGCUGCGUUCGUGGCUGGUUUAGGAGUGGGUUACUGGAAGAGUAAAGAGGAGCUGAAGAAGCUGCAGACGACCGACCGUCUCUUUGCACCUCAGAGUGGAAAAGGCGGCGGCUGUAAGGACGGAGUUUAUAAACCUGUGCUGCAGAGCUGGGAGGAGGCCCUGCAGAGGUCCAUGCACUGGUACAGCCAGCCUUAAUGAUCUGAUACACUGGAGUUUCCAGUUUAUUGAGUCCACCUCGCUUGUAUCUGCGCUUAUUGGCCAUUUUAUCAGAAACCCCUUCCCUACAGAUGCACUUUGUAGGUUAACAGUUACAGGCUGUAGCCCAUCUGUUAGUACCCCAUUCAUCAAUGGAAGGGGGCCACCACAGGACCACUGUUGAAAAGAUAUUAUUUGGACGGUGGGCCAUUCUCAUGGUAUGCUGCGAGUUUAUCAAGCAUGGUGGCAUGGUUAAUUAUACAAUUUCCAGUCAAAAUGUCACUUAAAGGCAGGUUAUUCAUUGUUAGCACCAGGAAACAAAAACAGAAACAUAUUUUGUAAUAGAAAGUUGCAUAUAAGCCUUAAUGACUAAAUAUAAUCUCAAAGUUUCCUUUCUUUUUCAGAAGACUAAGUUCAGUCGUAGAAGAGGUUUUGCAUUUUUUGCUUUAUCUAAUCUCCUCAAAAAUAUCUUCAAUAACUUGUACCUGAUGGAUAACGUUGCAUGUCGCUGCUGUCAGAACAAAACUUUGUAUCUCCAAAAUGGUGACUUUACAGGAGAAGGAAAAAACCUACUUUACUUUUAAUGUAAGUCAAUGGAACCAGACGUUUCUCCAUGUAAUUUUGGGCCGUUUCUUUUAGUCCGUUCAUCAUGAAAUUUACACACAAUAUAAAGGACAACAGGCGAUUUCAAAAUAUGUCAAAAACUGAAAAACAACAAAAAUGGAGAUACGAGCUUUUGUUCUGACCACAGCGAUAUGACUGUAUAUGGUAGGUGUUUCCAAUAAAAUGGCCAAAGAGCAUAGAUAAAAAGUAGGCGGGGCUACUAAGUGGAAGCUCGGCAUACAGGCAGUAUAGUUAACUGGACAUAAAUGACCGGAAUCGACCUGGAAUCAGCCAGUUUGAAGAAGAAGAGAACUCAUCAAACACAAAUCAGUCAUCUUCUCAUCGUCUGUCCAGUCAAAUACCCACGGAGACGCGAAUAAGGAUUUAGCGAGGACGCCUUUUCUGGUUUCCAUAGCAACAGCCGACAGCAUCAAGUCACUCUUUUCAUGCCACGGUGAAAUUUUUACCAAAUCCAGACGGUGUGGGAAUCAAGAUGGUUUGGAAAUCAAGACUAAACAGGGUAAGACAGGUUGAGCCUGGUCCUAGGCCUGAAACAGAGGAACUGUUGUGCACCAAGGUGGCACAUUGUCACCUUACGUGAUCGACUGGUGUUCACUGUGCUGCGUUCUCGAGGAAUUCCUCUGCGUCUUCACUGAGAACGACGGUACCAGCUACUUGGUGAAUUUAUCCCACAUCAAACAAAACUGCAUUCAAAGAAACAAUCAUAUUCCUUCCUGCAGUAUUUCCAUAUAAACUCUGCUGCCUUAGCUGAACCUGCUAAAUGCUGCUUAUUUCUCUGCUGGGCUUCACUGGAUUUGAGUACUAUUGACAGCUGACAUUGAAAACAGGUCCAUAGUGGUCAUUAGACAUUGCCCUUUUGCUCACGGAAGUUAAAGAGCAACUUUUAAGUAAAGUUUACAAGUUUAAAGGGGGGAAAAUACAUGCAAGCUGUGAUUAAGCACAACAUUUUUUUUCAUACCUUUUAUUUUUUAAUAAGAAAAAAAUCUCACUGAGAUUUUAAAUCUCUUUUACAGGACAGUCCAAGACAGGCAGCAACACAUGACAAAUUGUUCCCACAAAACAAAUAAUACAAACAUAAAACCGUUUAAGACACUCACAAACAGUGUACAAAUAAAUAAUUACUGUUUAUUUGCAAAGUUUAAAAUAUUGGUAAAAAACAUAAUGUAAUUUAUGUUUUAUGUUUUUCCAAUAUAUUAAACAAAAAAUAAAUAGAAUUUGUGCACAAUUUGUAAACUUUGGCAUAUAUGACAUAUAUUAGACCUAAAAACGUUUGUUUUGUUUUUUAAUUUUGAGGUAAUGCAAGCCUAACCUAAGUGCAAUUACGUUUUUAGGCCUAAAUGCAUUUAAUUUAAGUGUGUUUUUAUUUUCAUGUCUUGUAAGUUGGACCUAAAUCUUACUUUUUGCAAAAAAAUAGUUUUUCUGGAAAACCACCACAGCAAACUCUGAGCAAAAUGACGACAUCGUGUUCUUAACUGUUCAAAUAUUUAUAGUUUUAUAGCCUCGUCUGCUAAUAUGAUAAACGUAGCAGAGCGGCUGUGAGGAUUCACAAGUAGGCCAUCAGGACUUUGUUCACCGUUCAGACAGAACAGCGUACAGAGGCCACGCCCACUCUAUUAAUGUUUAUCUCUGACUAGUAAACACAGCGUGCUGAGGAAUAGGAUCUGUAGAUGUUUAGUGAGGAUGUUUAUGACCGGCUGACCUUAAACGGCCUUUGGAUAGAAAAUAAUCUGACUGGACCAGCUGUGCACUGCGCUGCUUAUGAAUUGGAUGGAUGGAUGAUCUGAUUGGAUGGAUGGAUGGAUGGAUGGAUGAUCUGAUUGGAAGGAUGGAUGGAUGGAUGAUCUGAUUAGAUGGAUA